UGUGGUAGUGACUGGAAAGUUCCUGAAGCCUCUGGAGCUCCUCCAGUUAGAAUAUAAGAGCGUGGACAGUCCCACAGCUGAGACAGAAGACAACACAAGAAGAACACACACUUGAACAGUGUUUCAUCUCACAACAAGAAGAAUCAACUCCAAACCCACACUGAAGAUGCUGUGCUCUCGUGGACUCCAGUCUGGCCUCAGUCCACUCAUGCUCGUCCACUGGCCUGUGCGCAGUCUGUGGCCAGAGGUUAGACCUCAGCUCUACCAGCAGCAUCUACUGCAGAGACACCUGCAGGAGCUGAUGGACACACUUCAACAGCAGAUCCUGGAGGAGGGGGAGGAGAAGAAGAAGAAAUCUGUCCAAAGCAGUGAGACCAUGCAGCCAGUUUCCUUCCAGCUGGAGAAACAUGGAGACAACUUUGGCCUGAUCCUGAACGCUGAAGGCUUUUCUCCAGAGGAGCUGUCUGUCAGGCAGGUGGGCAGGAAGCUGAGAGUCAGCGGCAAGACGGAGAAGAAGCAGGAGGACGGGAACGGCUCCUACUCUUACAGAUUCCAGGAGUUCAGGCAGGAGUUUGAUCUGCCUGAAGGUGUGAACCCUGAAGCCGUCACCUGCUGCCUGAGUCCAGACGGGAAGCUCCACAUCCAGGCAGCCAGAGCUCCAUGUGCUGAGGAGGCUGAGAGAGAGCUGAGCAUCCAGAGGAGCACGGAGGAGAAAACACAGCAGAGUGAGUCUUCACACACAGAAGACAACAACAGCAACAGCAGCAGCUCUGAGACACACGACAGCAGCACACAGGACAAACCUGGACACAUGGACUGAUCACAGUGUUACUGUGUCUCUGUCAAACAUCAUGUUUUCAUACUAACGUUACAUAUUGAUGGUGAUGGGGAAUUCUGAUUCUCUGUAUUAAUGAGUAAAUAAGUAAAAUAAUUAUAUGUAAAUCAACGCAAUUGAAGUGAAACUGUUUUCAAUAAUUGUUUGUUUUAUAAAGGGAAGUGUGAUCAAUAAAAUAUA